UCUCUCUCUCUCUCUCUCUGUUUCACACUCUCACUCUUCCACGGCGCGUCUCCCAGCUCUUCCUUUCUCCGUCUUCGGUCGGAUCUCUCGGUGUGCAGAAAGGAGCGCAGCAGUAGCAGCAGCACCAGCUGGGCGGUGGCGAUCUGGAUUGCAGGAGCCCGGCCAGGCAGCGCGGACCGCUCGCUCGAUGAGCCACAUCUGGAGAGCCUGACAGUUCGAUCCGUCACCGAGGCCAUUGAGGGGUAGUGAUGACGACAGAGACAGGCCAGGAGCUGGAGGUGAAGAACGCCACAGAGGAACCUCCGCAACAGCAGGGGGUAUCAGCAAGUGCACCGGGAAGCCAGACCACUGAUGGCAAGAGGGCAAACAAGGAUCAUGAGGACAAGGAGAUGGGAGAAAGAGAUGAUGCCUCAGAGAAGACAACCCCCAGUAAAACCCCAAAGUCACCCCAGAAAUCAUCCAAGAGGCCCAAAACUGUCCCCUUUAAAGUGACUCUUCUGGACACCUCUGAAUAUGAGGCAGAGAUUGAGAAACACUCAAAGGGUCAGACGCUGUUCGACAUGGUGUGUGAGCACCUCAAUCUGCUGGAGAAGGACUACUUUGGAUUGACGUUCUGCGAUGCUGACAGCCAAAAGAACUGGUUGGAUCCAUCAAAGGAGAUUAAGAAACAGAUCCGCACUAUGCCUUGGCAUUUUGCCUUUGCGGUGAAGUUUUAUCCCCCAGAUCCUGCCCAGCUCAUCGAAGACAUCACCAGAUAUUACCUGUGCCUACAGCUCCGGGAUGACAUCCUCUCAGGACGGCUGCCUUGCUCUUUUGUCACGCAUGCUUUGCUUGGUUCCUAUGCUGUGCAAGCAGAGCUGGGAGACUACGAUGCUGACGAACAUGGCACAGAUUACGUGAGCGAUUUCCGCUUUGCACCUAACCAAACUCAUGAACUGGAAGAGAGGGUCAUGGAGCUCCAUCGCACAUAUAGGGGAAUGACACCUGCAGAGGCCGAAAUCAACUUCCUGGAAAAUGCCAAGAAACUUUCCAUGUAUGGAGUGGACCUGCACCAUGCCAAGGACUCAGAAGGAAUUGACAUCAUGCUAGGUGUGUGUGCCAACGGCCUGCUAAUCUAUCGAGACCGACUGAGGAUUAACCGGUUUGCAUGGCCGAAAAUCCUCAAGAUCUCCUACAAAAGGAGCAACUUCUACAUUAAAAUUCGUCCAGGAGAGUAUGAACAGUUUGAGAGCACCAUUGGCUUCAAGCUGCCAAACCACAGAGCGGCGAAGCGCCUUUGGAAAGUCUGCAUUGAGCAUCACACAUUUUUCAGGUUGGUAUCCCCUGAACCCCCACCCAAAGGCUUCCUAGUGAUGGGCUCCAAGUUCCGAUACAGCGGCAGGACACAAGCGCAAACGAGGCAAGCCAGUGCUCUGAUCGACCGCCCUGCCCCACAUUUUGAGAGGUCGUCCAGCAAGAGAUACCUGCUUUCACGCAGCCUGGACGGAGAGUUCUCCCGUCCAGCCUCUGUCCUGGGAGAGAAUCACGACGGCAUGUCUCAGCGCAGCUCGAGCGAGAGGCAGCGGCGACGAUCUGACGAGGAUCAAACCGAAGAUCACACCGAGGAGAUGAACAGCGUUACCACCCCAACAAAAAUCAAAGAGCUCAAGAAGGAUGACGACGACUCACCCAGCGAAAGCAAACAGUCGGAUCAAGAGUCCACCCCUCGACAUAAACAGGAGUUCCUGGACAAGUCUGAAGAUGUCCUUCUGAAGCAUCAGGCCAGCAUCAAUGAACUGAAGCGUACCUUGAAACAGCCCAACAGCAAACUGGUGCAUCGGGAGAAGCGACUAUCCAGCACGUCACCAGCAUCCUCUUCACCUAAACACGAUGGCUCUGUAGGAGGCACGCCGGAGAAGAAACCUGUGUCAGACUCAGAAGGGAAAGAGGGAUCUGUUGCUGCUGCUGCUGCUCUGGAAGGAUUCACCCAGAAGACUGUGGUAUCUUCUCCUGAGGGUUCUGAGGAAUGGGUAUUUAUUGAAAAGCGCGAGGAGCUGGCCAUUGAGUUGAAACAUGGCAAGGAUAGGCCCGCUCCUCUGAAAUCAGUAGACCUCUCAAGCAGAGCAGCACCAGAGAAAGAAGCUGCAGAUAAAAACAAUCAGGAAAUGGGAGAUGCCUUGGAAGGGACGAAGAUGAAGGAGGAGAGGGUCAUCACCGAAAAGCGAAUUGUUCUGAGGUCUGAUUCUUUGGAAACAUCUGACUCAGAGUUUCUGUGGAAAGAUCCUGGGCCAGGCUUUUCUGAUCUAAGUGGUGAAAGACAUGAAGUACAAACAAAAGGGAACGAACCAAGAGCUCCAGGGGCUGAAUGGCUGAAAGAGAAAUCGGGAAAUGGAGGGAAAUUGACAGGGGUUGGAGCUCAAAGAAGAGUAAGGUCUUGGGUAUUGGAUGUUGAUGACCAACAAGAGAAUGUUGUGAUGAGGCAUUCAAGAAGUCAGAGACCACAAAGUCUGAAUCUGGGCAAAUCAGCUACUCUGUCCUUUGAAACGGAAGACGAGCCUUCAGAAGCUUCGAACAGUGAUGACACGCCGCUUAAAAAUGAGCAAAUGGGAGAAUAUGACUUUCAGAUAUCUAUGUCUUCUGAGUCCUUUCUGCAGAUGGAUGAAGUCCAAAAAGAGAAGUGUCACUUUUCAGCUGCAUAUUCUUCCAUGAGCCCCCAAGACACCACAGAUAUAAAGCUCAAAGCAGGGGCUUCCAUUACCAAUCGUGGCCUGAAAAUUGAAGAUUCAAGUGAACCGAGUGUGCCAGAAGUGCUAACUCCUCCACCUGAUGAUGACCAUAAAGUAAUAGCGACACUACAGGAACCAAUGAAUCAUGAAGAAAAGGAAGACAAUAGCCUUCCUCUGUGUAACUUCUCUUCUUCCCAACUCAUUUUCCAGAAGGGUUCUUCAACCCAGAAUGAAUUUCAACAGGAAAGUCCCCACUCAGAGUCAACAUCAGAAGUUUUUCCAAUUGAAAAGAACAGAGAAAUGGAGCAAAAACGAUAUGAAGAGAAAUUAAGAAACCAUCACGAUUUUAAUGUUUCCGAUAUUUGUCCAGUUAAGGCAGACACAGUCCAUGAAACAGAACCAAAGAAGCAGCCAGAGUUAGAAAACCUUGGGCAAAAAGACAAAGGUAAGGCAUGUCAGUCUGAUCUUAUACCUUUAAUACAAACAGCCAGUUGGGAGCAAUCUGCGCUGGUCACCAAUAUUCAUGGAAGGGCUCAUUCUACCGGAAUGGAAGAACAAGAAAUAAAAUCUGUAGAUGUUACUGAGACUACGGCUGUGGUUGUUGAAGAGUUUGUGGACCAGAGAGAACCGAUCAUACCUACAAGUUCUUCAGAAGAGGACACUGCGAUCCUAGUGCAAGGGGCAGAAGAAAGUAAAAUGAGGAACAAUGGACAGAUCUCAACUACCCACUCUUCUCCAGAGGUAGUAUCCACAGACGGGAACAAAGCAGAUCCUGAAAUGCUUAGCCAGGGUCACAUAGACAAUAGGCCAAACAAUAUAUGUCAAGAAAGCUCAUCUAAGAAGGAUCCUGAGGAAGACAAGGCACAGGAAUUCUUAAAUAGCAUUAAAGGGAGAGAGGAGAAAUGCCACCUUCCUGGUCCUCCUUUAGCAGUGAAACAGAAGAAGACCACUGAUACCCAAUCCUCCAAAACUGCAGACUCUUCUACUGAGUUUAUUCUGGGAAAAAUUAGAGAAGACAAUCCAAGAGAAUCCUCAUUUAUGGAAAAGCAGUUUAUUUGUUCAAAAACAUCUGGAGACCAAAGUGUAUCUGACUGUAGACACCUGAACAAGCAACAUUUUGACAAACAAGCAAAAGAAGCCAAAGCUUGGCCUGAGCCUAUAGAUGAGCCAUUGAAAGACCAAGACCACGGAGUAAUACAUAGAGUCAGUCGCAGUUUACCAAGAGACCAGGCUCCCGAGGUUUUAAAGAAAAGACAUGUGGAGCCCUUCUCUGCACCCGCCAUAUAUGAAGAAGCACUCAAUGAAUCGCAGUUUCAGCUCUCAAAGAAGGAAACAACCAUCCUGGUCCAGAAGAUAACAGAAGCCAAAGACAUCGUGCCACCAGCAGAAGAUUCUGUGAUGGAGAAAACAGAGCAGCAGCUUGAAAGUGGUAUCAUCAUCAUCAACAAGGAGGAAGAGAUGGUAACACCAUCCCAAACAACCCCGGCCCAGGCGGCUUCAGUAUUACCGAGUCACAGUAGUGGUGGUGACAAUAUAAAAGAAGCUCCCAGUAGCCCCCAGCCUGUGGCCAUUGACAGCAGCUCACCCGUGAAGAUUACUCCCCUAGGGAAGGAGACUGGGGUUUUCUUACAGACGGUAACCACAGAAACUGUUACCUCAGCAACCACUACACAUGUUACCAAGACAGUGAAGGGUGGCUUCUCAGAGACCCGGAUUGAGAAGAGAAUCAUAAUCACUGGAGAUGAUGAUGUCGAUCAAGAACAGGCCCUAGCUAUGGCAAUUCAGGAAGCCAAGCAGCAGCACCCAGACAUGCUUGUUACCAAGGCAGUGGUUGUCAGGGAAACAGAAUGCACUCCACAUGAGAAACCCAGGAAAUCUCAGUCUUGAUCUCUGGCGAUGUGGUCUGGGGACCAGGGCUUCUCACGGGAAAGGGACCAGAGGGAUUUCUUGCCUGCUAUAGCCCACCUCUGCCUUCAAGACCCCACGGCUGCUUCGUGACAUCACAACAACCUGGCGGCAAGGAAAAAAAGAUAGAAACUACACAGAACAACCUGACUGCUAUGCAAGAAGACGACAAUAAAUAUACAAGUGAACAAAAAAGAAAAAACACCUAAUGAAUAAAACACAACUCUAUCCAAGCACCACUCUUGCUACUUUGCCUGAUCUCACCUGCAUCAGCCCUGUGGAAGCCUUCACUUUUAUGUACAGGAGCUCCCGAGUGGCCAGCCCUUCUUCACAGCUUCAAUGGAUUUGCAUGUGCUGUUUCACACAAAUGCUGAAAAGACUGAGCUGCUAUGCAUUGUCUAAAAAGCAGCCUUGAGUACUGAUGGUAUGGUUUAUAACCGCUGUCCUUGGCAAAGAUGCUGGCCAGGUGCCAACUGCUUUCGAGGUGUGGGAAUCGUAUAUCACUCUUUUCUUCAGCUUAAUUUGGGUUUUGACACUCAAUGAGAGUGAACGACCCUGCUGCCUUUUCAAAUGGGAUGUAAUGAAGUUGGAGAAAUUUCCUAGUAAGCGAUCUAUAAAAAAAGCCAUCAGAUCUACUUUGCCAUCUUGUCUUCCUUUGGUAGCUACAAUCAGGGAAGGCAAGCUCAGGAUGGAGUUUAUAAACCUGUGCAAGCUGGAGAAACGGGGUGACUAACAGCAUCAUCGUCAUCAUCAUCAUCAGCAGCAGCAAGGGAUGGUGUGAACCUCUUGCAUUGGGGGAAAAGAAAAGCAUGAAAAAACGAAUUCACCAUCUAGUUCUAUCAGCCUAAUCUGUAUCCAAAAAACUGCAUAGAAUACAAAGGUUUCCAGCGGAACUGUUGGCAAAUUCUAUCCUGUAGCCACUGACAGCAGCAUUCCUUCAACUUCCACAUCAAUGCACGGGUCUCAAUGAAAACGACCUUCUUCUAUCUGAGACGCAUGUUCAGAAGGCUGGUAAAGUGUGAGAAGACGGCUGCUUCGUGACAAACGAACUAAAUAGACAAGUCAGCUCGUCGGCUGUUAAGAUCGAACACUGCAAGUUAUUUCCCCUCUCCAACAAGUCCUGGUCUGUUCUGCAUAAAAUAAUUACCAAAUCAAAUAUGGGGGUCUGGUCUCGUCUAUAGCAGGUCCCAGAGCAGGAAACUCAAAGGGAGUUUCAGGAAUAAGAUUUAAAAACUGGGCUUGGUUCCAAUCGUCUGGAUUUCCAUUCCCUGGUUCCUGAACCCAUUUCCCACCCCUUUAUAUCAAUGAAUUAAUUAAUUGCAUAGUCUUGUUAAAUUAAUUUGAAGCAAAAUGUUUCUAAUAUAUACAAUUUAUCAAAAAGUGAGAUUUUCUUUUUUUUUUAAGUUAUAUCGUUUGAAUUUGCCUGUGUAUUUAUGGAAAUGAUGAAUGUAAGGCUGUGACUUUCUCUUCCAGAAAAACUGAGUGCAUAAUCUGAUCAGGACCCGAGAGAUGAAGCAUGAGGAACGAAAAUGUCGUAACAAAUGUCUUUCGAAAAAAUCCCAAAACAGUUUCCAAACAAUAUUUUUUGAAAAGGAUGCUGUAUUUUUCGCACCGUUUUUCACAUGAUCCGUUUUUUUACAUUUCUCAUGUCUGAUUUUAUUUUUGUCUAAUUUAUAUUUCUGAUUAUUUGCUUUAUUUAAGUAGCCACCUACUAAAGGUCGCUUAUGCCUUACAGUCCACCCAUAUGUUCCGAGUGCUCCACUUGUAAUGCUGCAAUCAGUCAGCCAUCACUUAUCAAAACUUUUCAAAGUGAGCACUGUCACAUAGCUAUUUACAAAGCUUUUAACGCAACAAAGUGAAAUUCAUAUCUUAGGGUAUAGCAGUAGAAGUGCAGAAUUUAGAAAUUAAAUCAACGGUACAUCAGGAGGGCAAGAAGAAGGGGAAAGGAAAUUGGCAGCAUGAGAGAAAGGGUUUGUCUUGAGCCAAACUUUGAAUGGGACACCAGAAUCUUCAUUCCAGACACGGGGAGCUGUUUGCAGAGAAUAGCCACACUCCCUGGACUAUCUCGACUUUACGCUUUUUAACAGAUAUAUGUAGUCACAGGUGUUACUAUCAAGCCAAUAAUAACACAGCCUGUUUAUCCUGUCAAAUGGGUUACCGUAUAUAUAUAUAUAUGUUCAUGCACACACUCCAUAAUGGACAGCCACAACCUCAGAUCAGAGGAAACUUUAGCAAUAACCCAUUAGCAGUAUUGUCUUAUCGAUUUGUGUAGAACUCCCAUAACUAUGGCAUUCCACCUGCUUGCCAGCAAGGCACCAGAUACUGCCUCCAAGUGUUUCAAACAGAAUCUCUGUGGUGUACUCUGGUUUGGAAGGGAAAGGCCAGCUUUAAACCACUGGAAUAAAAUGACGGGAAAGAUGAAAGUGAAACCCAAUGUUUUGACCUGCUGAUCAAUUAAGACUGUUUUUGGUCUCGUUUAAUUUUUAAGUUCUGUCUGAUAACGCUGGAGUCUGUAGUUCAUGUCAGUUAUGAGUUCAGUACCGUGUUGAGAUGCAGUCACUGCCAGCAUUGGUAAUCUCUGCCGUUCCACUUUACCCACAUUGCCCAUUUGGGUAACACAAAAAGCAUUCUGUUAAUUGUCUGUUAAAUGUCACCAGACGUUGUCAGUUUACACAAAUGGAAGUCACUGGCCAUGACACAUUUACCGACUGCGUGAUGACUUUCUAGCACAGUCCCUAAUAGCCAAUAGUGUGGUGCCUGACAGAGCCGGUGCUGUACGAAGGGUUAACAGCUAUGGUGAGUUCACCUGCAAUCUCUGCCCUUAAGUUUCCAUUUUUUCCAUUCUGGUAUGUAGAAUAUGAGACAUUAGACAGAGAAGCUUUGCUUCUGUUUGCGAGGUCCAAAGCACCCAUGUUCCCAAUUCCUAGUUGCUGGUUUAUAUACUUCUGGAUGAGCUUUUAUGGGUUGUCAGCUCAUAUGCACAUAGAGAUUCUCCCUCUAUGACUAAAGACAAAGUCAAACCAGGGGAGUUGCACACUAGUUGAAGUAAGUUGUUGGAGAUGCCACUUUACAAGACCAAUAUCAGAGAAGAGCAUGACUUGCUGUUUCAGACUCGUCAAAAUUAUGGCAAUUAAAGCUACAACAGAAAAAGUCACGUAAUGUGACAUUGUGUUGAUGCUCAGCAUAUCUCCAUGAAAUAUUAUGAGUCACUGAACAUAAAAAUAUGUAUAAUCUCAGCCUUCAUUCCUACUGAUCUGGUACAAUAGCAACUGCUCACUGACCAGCUUAGUAUAUACAUGAAUAAUCCAUCCAUUUUCUAAAUCCACAUAUCCAGAGAAGGAUCACAGGACAUACAGUUUAGGUGGAUUGAUGAUGCUACAUUGGCCCUAGUGUUUGUGGGUGUAUUCACCCUACGAUGGACCGGCAUCAUUCCUACCUUGCGUUUGUUUCUUUCUGUGAUAUGACCAACCAAAAAAAGAAAUUGUGAGAAUUUGGAAUGCCAAAAAUCAUUUCAAAAUUUUAAUAGUACUACAAGAUGAGUUCACAAUGCAGUAAUCUAGAAUCCUGACGGCUAGAUUUUCAAAAAUUUUUCCCUGAGCAAAAUUGGUUCCUUCUUUAUUUCUAGAAGAGCAAGGCAAAGAUUCCUGAGAUAGUGAUUUUGGAUAGAUUGAGGUCAGGGUUUGCAUUGCGGCAGUAUUUUCCAAUAUAGUGUCUCACAUCAUGCAGCCCAACGACCCCCAUGCCGACAAAAAUAACUAUAAAUAACUCAGAAAUACACAAAAAGCUCCACAAGAGAAAGGAUAACCGUAAACCCUUGGUUUGUAUUAACAGGGCAAACAAAUCUUGCCUGAAGAAGGGGCCUGAGUUGCCUCGAAAGCUUGCAUACUGUAAUCUUUCUAGUUAGCCAAUAAAAGGUGUCAUUUUGCAUAAUUUCUCACAACAGGGCAAACAAAGAAUCUAAGAAAACAGACAAGAAAUAUUCAAAACCAAUACAUCUAAAUGGUACAAACUCCAGUGGAAGCGAAUGAGUCCCACUCCUAAGCCUUCUCAGCCAAUUUAUGGACAGAGGGCCCAGAAGUGGUUACAUUAAGGUGGUCCCACCUUUCGGGGCACCAUAAACAAAAUGCUUGCUAUCAGAUAUACAGUAAAUCGGAGUUUCCAACUUGGAAAUUUCAUGUGGCUUCACUAAAAACUCAGAGCAACAAGUCCGACAAUUCAGAGAAAACAAAGCUACAAAAAUUCUCAGAGCUGGCUCUUCACCUUAGUCGAUUAUAUAAAAUAAAAAAUAUGAACAAGGCCUGCCAAAAAUGGCACUUUUUUGGUCAAGCUGUGUUUGUAGCAAAGUGAUACCCAUUUAA